AUGACUAUUAUCGGGUUUACGGUACCAUUACGGAAAAGACCGAUGUAUAUCGCGGCUCUCAGUUCUAUGUUCGGUAUCUCUAGUGUCAUCGGGCCGCUUCUUGGUGGCGCUUUCACGGACGCUGAAAAACUUACCUGGAGAUGGUGCUUCUGGAUCAACCUUCCAAUUGGUGGUGUUGCUUUCGCAGUCGUCCUAUUCUUCUUCAAGCCGCCAGAGAGAAAGAUCACGAACCUUACCGUCAGGGAACGAAUUGCCAAAAUCGACAUUCUCGGCGCUUUCUUCCUUAUCUCUGCCAUUGUUUGUCUUCUUCUUGCCCUUCAAUGGGGUGGUUUCUCGUAUCCUUGGAGCGACUCUAGGGUCUGGGGGUGCAUUCUCGGAUUCGGCCUUAUUAUCGCCGUCUUUAUCUACAUUCAAUAUCGAGAACAGGAUCUUGCGACAAUCCCACCAAGAAUCUUCUUGCGAAACCGAACCGUCUUGUCGGCCUGCACUUUCAACUCGUUCCUUUCUAUGGCUCUCUACGCGCAUAUUUACUUCCUACCAUUCUAUUUCCAGGCCGUCCGAGGCACCAGUGCCGUUCAAUCUGGUAUUAGGUGUAUCCCAUAUUUGAUUUCUGUGACUGUCGCCUCUCUUAUUGUCGGAGCCUCUGUAACUAUAAUCGGCUACUACACCCCAUUUAUGUGGGCUAGCGCUGCUAUAUUCACUGUCGGUGCUGGCCUUUUAUACACACUUGAGGUUGACUCCCCGUCGAGCAAAUGGAUUGGAUACCAGGUCAUAGCGGGUUUCGGCGCAGGAAUGGGAAUUCAGAUUCCCUUUGUUGCCGUCCAGGUUGUAUUAAGCCCAGAUGAUAUGCCUGUUGGAAACGCCCUUGCCAUCUUUUUCAACUCCCUUGGAGGUGCCAUCUCGAUCUCCGUCGCUCAGAACAUUUUUUCGAAUACUUUGCUUCAACAGCUUCCAAAGCUUGCCCCCAAGGUCAACCCGGUGCUUGUUAUUCACGCAGGUGCCACAGCUAUUCGGGUGAUUAUUUCUGCCGAAAACCUUCCCGGUGUUAUCCUCGCCUACAAUAAGGCCAUUACCACCUGCUUCAUUCUUCCGAUUGCCGUCGGUGGUGUAGCUUGGCUCUGUUCGUUAGGAAUGGAAAUGAAGUCCGUCAAGGGCAAGAAGAUCGAGCUGGGCGGUGGUGCCUAG